CAAACAUCAAGUCAAACGGCGGAAGACCCAGCACAUCAAGUCCCGCCUGCGAUGCCGCCCAACGGGGGAGACGCGGCGGCCACCCCCGUGCGCAGCCGGCCAUUGCUGCACUACAAGGACCUGGGCCUAGGCACGCAGAACCGCAAGGUGCGUUUCACUUGCGUGCACGCGUCCGAGAACUUCAUCGCCUGCGGCGCCAAUAAUGGCAGCGUGUAUCUGUACGCAACGUCGGCGUUGGGUCGCAGCGAGAGUGAUCGGGUGUCGGCAAAGUACCACUUGGUCAAGACGAUCUCACCUCCCAGUAAUGACCGCGUGGCUGUCACUUGUCUGAGCAUCUGUCCGCUGCAGAAGCGCCUCGUUGUGGGUACCAUGCGCGGCGUCGUGUACGCUAUUCAGCUGUCGGAUUACCACAAGAUCGGCGAGAAGGUCGAGUUCUCGCAUGACUUUCAUGCAGGUUUUCCCGUCACUUGCUUCCUGUGGGACAGACGUGGCACAAGACUCUUUUCAGCGUGUAACGCAGGCCUCGUGUGUCAAACUGUGCUCCGUGCUGGCGUGUCCGCGAUCUUCGGCAGCACAGACACUGAGCUAUUGCUGAAGGAAGAGACGGGGAUUGUACAGCUUGAUCUAGCGAAAAGCGAGCGGUCCUACAUCCUGAUGGUAUCGUCUCAAUUGCGGGUAUUGCUCUUGAACCUUACGGCCGGAGAUGGGAGCGCUGUUCAGAUCGGUACGAAGGCGCGGCAAGGGUCGUAUGGCGCAUGCUUUUUCAGCAGUUUGAACGUGGAAGCGAUUGAUCCGGCGAAAAAGAGGGAAAUCAGAGUGUUUUCGUCGCGACCGGGUCGCCGUGUGUGGGUUGCAGAUCCUCAAUCAGGUACAGUUUCGUCGACCCUGAAAUUCUCUCUCAGCAAAAACCCUACGCAAUUUCUGCGGAGCCCAGAAUGUGCUAUGGAAGAAGGGAUUCAGCCUCGGAAUUUGUCAAUUAAUAAGCUUGGCCGCUUUCAGUUCGUACAAGAUCCUUCUUAUGCGCCACAAGAUGUGAAAGAUGCGACCACCUUGCUAGUGAGCUGGAACGUGGGAUCAAGCGUGCUAUUCUUCCUCGACCCCUUUGCCGUUGAAAUUGUUGAGUGGCAUCUGGAUUUGGGUAUCAUUCACGACUUGAAGAUUAUCAACGAAACUACACUAGUCGUCCUCCAUGGCGAUGCGCCAAAGGUGUCUUUGAUUCAGUCCUGCUCAGCAGAUCAGUUCCUUCAGAUUUAUGGCUCGGAAGAUAUGAAGAAAGCUGUUGAGCUCGCAGUCGAGUUCAAACUGAAUGAUGCCUUUGUUUUGGAGUCAUUACAAUCUCAAUGGCUGGCUCAUUUGGAUAAAAUUGGUGCAAAGCCCAGAGAGUAUGACGAGCUUACUUCGUCCCUGAAGGCACUUGUGGACAAAACUAAGGCGCUCGAAGAGGAGUACAGAGUUGCAGUCGAGUCUGGUCUUCCAACUCCGACUGAUUCACAGCCAUUGCAAGUCAUUUUCAAGCAGCGUCCGCAGCAAGCAGUGUCAGCAGCAGCCAACGCGACAAGUGAUUUAUUUGCCGGUCCAAAUGACUCCACAGAUACAGAAGUUACACUGGGAACUGGUAGCACUCUGCACAAACCUAUCGAGUACUUCGAAGUAUUGGCGCCAUCGGAUCAAUCGUACUCCAAGAGUAUUUGCGCGCCUGAUGGCUCUUUUGUGGAAGCCAGACUGAUGGAAAUUCCGGAGCUACCGCGAGCAAACUUCGUGCUUGCUGACGACUACCGUGAAAAUUACAUGGAAGAGGUUAUGGAGGAAGUGAAACGAUCCGAGCAGAUACGAAACGAGGAAGGUACCAUGAACAUGAACCUGCUCCCAGUACUAAAAGAUGGAUCAACAGCGGCAGCCAAGGCGUUUUCAACGUUUAUCCCAGGCAGCAGUAUGCUCACGCACCUAAUAGACGGGUCAAUUAUCACUGAUCCGUUUGGCCGCUCGGACGCUUCAGGGAUCUUUAAUGAUUUUCCUGAAUUUGAUGGCGACGAGCUAGUUAUCGACCUAGAUCCUCGACUUCUUCAGCGGAGAUAUACACAUGGUCAGAGGCUCAAGACUGACACUAACGAAUGUUCCGUGUUGCGGAUUGCAAUGUCAACGAUUGGAGAGGCAGACGAAAGCAAUCUUGACACGGAAGUGCUGCUGGAGGCGAUUUCGAUGGAUAUUUGGGACUCAAACCUCAAGUACACAUCCAAUUUACCUAUUAGUGAACAACUGAAUCUACCAGAAAGCGGUCAGGAUAGCAAAGAGAACGGAAGCGCACAUGCUGGAAGGUGGCACAACGAAAAACGCGUCAAGGAGAAUGAGAGGCAAGCCCAGCUACGCGACUCAAAGCCAGCCCUGAUCGAGCCGCUGAAGGUACAGACUUCUAUCCCCACAGCUCCAUCGUCCGGCGCCUCCACUCCUGUCAAUAAAAUUAAGCAGCGCCUGGUGCAUCGGGCAUCAAUGUCUCCGGAUGCAAGCCGUGCAGCCCAGCGAGCGAUCCAAAAGCAUUUUGGGGCAACACCGAGCUGUGAAAUUAAGCUCAAGUGCAUCGUAGGUGGCCGAAUCGCUGUUUCGCCAGAGCUGGAGCCUACCAUUCGACGUGAUGUCACCGAACUAGCUUCAGAGCUCCAUGCAGCUUCGGCUACAGCCGAGAAAACGAAGCAUCUUGCGCGGAGACUUUGGCCAGCAUCUGGAAUUACUAGAGUAUGUGCAUGCCUGACCAGUUUGUACUUGCUUCAAGGCGACAUGCACCAAGUACAGACAACAAUUAGUGCAUGGUUGAACUGCUUCGACCCUACCGCGCAGCACGAGGGCCCAGAAGGAAGCGACGACUCUAUUGAAAAUAAGAGUGAACUCACUAAUGCGCCUGCAGCUACAACUGGAUUUGCACGGGGCGAAGCACUUGUGGAUGGUGAUGGUUUACCGCUGACGAGAGGCGACUGGAAUCUGGUGCGAACACUGGUGUCGAUUUACUUUGCGAUUUGGGCUGCUGGAUCGAAGUUGCAUUUGCACCCUUUGAACCAGAAGGACCACGCUGAUGGGGAGUUUUGUAGACUGUAUGAAACUGAGAUGGGGAUUACGAUGACGCUGGAGCCACGUUACCAAUGGGACAGUGAUGACGACAAUUCUGAGACGGAAUCAACCACAGCAGAGGAGGCCGAGGCAUUCGUAGCCAAAUACGGUGUGUACAUUAACCCGGACCUUGCUGCUGAAGUGUGCAACCUUCGCCAGUUUACAGGUGCUUUAAAAAUUGUACUUGAUGAGGUUGUCGCAAGCGCUGACAUGGAGGAAACUUGCGACGAUAUUGUGAGUUGGAUCUCGGAGAAGGAGAGUGGCAAGGCCUUCUCAACAUUGAAAGAGCGUGACUCUCUUUGCCUCUUGUUGCAUUUGCUGGAUAUUUUGCUGAAGAAGUGCCCCCAGGAAACUAUCGAGUUGUGUGUGAGUAAAUAUCCCGUGUUGUAUCCGUGGAACAUCGAACAAGCUCUGUUCGGGAAAGAACUCGAUUGGGAGGCAGCGGAGGAAGGUACUCGUGAAAUUUAUAAGCCUGCGACGGUGGCCCAGACGUCGAAGUACUUCCGAUACCUUGUCCGGCUUCUUGAAGAGAAGGGCGACGAAGCUGGUAAAGAUGCAAAAGUUGUUAGCAGAUGCUUGGAGUUGUGUUUUGCUGGUGAUGCAGUGGUAGCGAACUUGUUCGACGAGGAGAGAUCCAGUCGACUUGCCUGGGUUGCAGCACUUAUUCGCCAACCUGAUAGGUUUAUGUAUGACCAUUCGACGUGCUGGAAGAUAUUUGCAGAGAACAAAGCGUUCUCUGCUUUAAUGGAGUUGACGGUGCUGUCUUUGCGAGACGAAGACGACGAGGGUGCGCUUAAAAGAGGAUUCACAGAACUGUCGGAGUUGGUGACACUUAUCACGAAAAGCGACGAGUUGGUCGUUUUUGACGCCGUGUUUGAACGAGUGGCAGUUCUACCGCACAGCUCGGAAGAAUGCCUAUCCGAGAUCCUAAGUCAGAUUCAGACGUCUGUGUCAAUCGAGAAUCGCAACGAACGAUUGUGCUCUGCAGUGAUCCACGUAUUGUUGAACUCGGUGGAUCUUGGAUAUGGUAUGCGUCUUCUUGCUCGCUAUCCGAUGCUCUUUGCAGCUGCGCCGCUACAAACGUACCACACCAUUGUGGAAACGCACGUGCUCACUGAGCGCCAAAAGCACGAGAUUGUGCAGAUUUUAGAGAUUGUGGACACCAACGUGUGGGCGUCGUACAAAGAGGAUGUAUCGGCCACGAGCUCAGUAUCAUUUGCACCGCAACUAGCUGCUAUCCUGCAGCUUGAGAUGGAUGCGCUCUUCCCAGCUAUGAGCCGAGAGCAGUACGAGCUGUGGGAAGCCAAGUGCAGACAGUAUGAUGAAGAGACGAAGUCACACAGACAAAGCAAGGUGGAGGAAACAGGUAUCGACAUCGGGUCUCUCUGCAGACCGAUUAGCCCGGAUCGUGGUACGACCCGCGGUGCAGGAUCGCGGAUGUCUUUGGGUGCAGCUCCGAUGGCGUGUCGAUCCUUUGAAUAUCGGAAUAGUGACUGGGGUGGUGAAGUGCAGCUACACGACUCUACUUGCGGAACCUGUGAUCUUCCAGUUGUGAUUAUCUGUGACAGUAUGUUUUGUAGCUGCAGUGCUUAUUCUACUGAGAUGUCGAGCUAACGUGUUUUAUGUCGUGCACAGACAACGCCAAUUUGGACGUGGUGUUGCUCCCGUGCGGCCAUGCUUUCCAUGAGCAUUGCUUGGAAGAUAAUUCAUGCCCAGUUUGUUUAGAGGCGAAUCUGAGCACUUUGGACUGCUUUUAAAGAUUAUUAACGUGAUGGAAGGACAAGUACUGCACACUGUUUUUACUGCUAGUUUGUAUGAUCCUCACAGUUUUGAUGAUGACCAGGUUGAAUUAGUUAGAUGGAGCGCACUUUGAAGUAUAUGCUGUUGCUCAAAUUGUUACUGAUGUCUAGUACGUGCCUGUUAAUGCUGAGGACUGGUUUGAGGCUGAGUCGACGACUUUUUCCCGCGUUUGCCUCGAUUCACAAUCAGGCCCACUAGUUUCUUUCGCAUGUGCCGAUCGAUCACGGUUUCAUCGUCUGCCAAGUCCACAGGUGCUGCGUUACUGUCUUCAAACUCGUCGUUAUGGUAAGUACCGUCGUGCGCAGUGGUGUGACCAGCACGUCUGACCGAAGACACUUUCGGUUCCUCUCCAGGAGGAAGUAACAGGAAUGAGGAUCUAACCACACUCGAGCGUGACUUGGGGCGGACACGAACGUUGGCCGGUGAUGCGGUCGUUGAUGCCAUACGCAAGAUGAAAUGCUCCUCUGUCUCGGAGGAUGCAGGAGCCCGCACAGAACUCUGGUGUACACCCGGCUUGUCGUCGGUAGUAGGGGCGCCACCAGUGAGUACGGAGCCUGAACCCGAACUGUUGGGGUUUGUGGUUGUCUCGGAUCGAUGGAGCUCACGUUCGGCCUUUUCGCGAUUGAUGACAUCCAAGACACGAUUGAGCUUCUGCUCCAUAAUGUGUAACAAGUCGGCUGUGGGUGUCUCCAUCGCUCGACUCAGCUCGUGUUGGUCGUCGUAAUCAAGCGAACCGUGCACCGUGCUGAGCUUGGUAAGACACUUGAGCAUGCACGCACGAAAUGCAUCCAUGAGCACAUUGGCGCGAUUGCACUUGUCAGCAAGCACAGCAGCCUCUUUCUCGGUCUCUUUCAGGCGCUCCGACGUCUGGUCCAUUUCCUGGUAUAUCGUGCGUGAGUUGGCUGCUGCGCUUCGCAAGUGACUCAAGGACUCGUUCAGUUGCUUGUGACGGUCUCGAAGCUUACGCAUACGCGCAUCGCUGAUGGUGUGCUCCUCUUUCAAGGCACGUAAAGUAUCCUCACGUCCAACAUACUUGGCUAUGAUCUUGUCCACGUCGUUGGUUCCAGCAGCCUCGAUGAUCUGCUUCAGCUCGGCCUCCACGCUCAUCAGCUUUCGAUCCGUGUCUGAGAGUUCCUCCUGAAUCUCGGAGAAGUGCGUCAUUUGUGCCGAUGAUUCACGACGAAGACGACGUGACUCUUUCUGCUUGAGCUGACCCAACGCUGCCUGCACAUUGUUUUUACGUGAGACUUCGCGAGCCUCAAGGAUGUCGGACUUCAAGCGGGUCUGCUCUACUGCAUGCUGCAAGUCGUCUAGCGCGCGGAUGUUGGCCUGCUUUUUCUCCCACCAGUCCGUGUAGAGCGUCUUGUAUGCACUCUCGGCCGCUGAUUUCUCUUGUCGUGCCGCAAGCAAGCCUGUCAUUGCACUGGAGAGCUCCUGCUGAAGAGCUUGCAAUGUCUUCUCCUUCGCUAUAGUCGCCUUCUUGGCGUCCAGCGCUUCUCGAGUUAAACGCUGAAUCAUGUGGUUGUACACGCCACGGUCUUUGUAUUCUUCUUCCAGCUUGGACUCGUAAAGCUAUAGAAGAAGGACAAACGUGUGAGCUUUGGUUCCAAAAGUGAUCAAAGAUCAUAUAUACAACGUACCGCUGACUUGUUCU